CUCUAACCUUACUCGCAAUCACCAUUCACCACCGUCCGUCCAUAUAACCAAGAGACAUAAAACGCGCGUUUCCGAAACGCUGCGACAUACAAUUAGCGUUCUUAGUCAGUCAAAGCGGAGGCAAAACUGUUACAGAAGACGGGAGGGAGGAUGAAGAAGAUCUCGGUGAUUCUCAUGGGAUGUGGAGGCGUUGGCCGACAACUUCUUCAACACAUUGUCUCUUUCCGAUCGCUUCACGCCAAAAUGGGAGUUCAUUUACGGGUGGUUGGAGUCAGUGACAGUAAAUCCUUAGUUGUUCCAGUGGAUGUGCUCAAAGAGGAGCUUGAUGAUGAACUCUUGUCUGAAGUUUGCAGUGUCAAAUCGGCUGGUUCUGCUUUGACGACGCUUGGUGCUUUAGGAAAAGGUGAAUAUCGCGUGUUCAAUGGUUCUGAGUCAAGAAGAGAAACGGAGGGAAUUGCACAACUUCUGGGUAAAUCUACAGGCUUAGUUGUUGUGGAUUGCUCAGCGAGCAGUGAAACGGUUGAAAUAUUGACAAAGGCAGUUGAAUUGGGUUGCUGUGCUGUCCUUGCAAAUAAGAAGCCUCUUACUUCAACACUGGAACAUUAUGACAAGUUGGUUUUGGAUCCUCGACGUAUCCGCCAUGAAUCCACUGUUGGUGCUGGGCUUCCUGUCAUUGCGUCCAUGAACCGCAUUAUUUCAUCUGGAGAUCCUGUUCAUAGUAUUGUCGGUAGUUUGAGCGGUACCUUGGGAUAUGUAAUGAGUGAGCUUGAAGAUGGAAGGCCUCUAAGUCAAGUUGUUCGAGCUGCCAAAACGCUGGGGUACACUGAGCCAGAUCCACGUGACGACCUCAGUGGCAUGGAUGUUGCUAGAAAGGCUUUGAUUCUUGCUCGACUUCUUGGGAAAAGGAUAGUUAUGGAUAGCAUAAAGAUAGAGAGCUUGUACCCUGAAGAGAUGAGACCUGGAGUCAUGACUGUGGAUGAUUUCCUCCAAAAUGGAAUAGCAAAACUUGAUCAGAACAUUGAGGAUAGAGUUAAAAAAGCUUCAUCAAACGGCUGUGUGCUUCGUUAUGUUUGUAUGAUUGAGGGCUCAAGUGUUCAAGUUGGCAUUCGAGAAGUUCCAAAAGAUUCACCACUGGGACGACUAAGAGGCAGUGACAAUAUAGUAGAGAUACGUAGCCGUUGCUACAAGGAGCAACCUUUGGUGAUUCAAGGAGCCGGAGCCGGGAACGACACGACUGCAGCCGGUGUUCUUGCAGACAUCAUCGACAUGCAGGAUCUUUUCCCUUGAGAGAGCAUGUGGUUUGGUCUUAUCACAGUAAUAAUAAACCUUAAUUUUCAAGGAUUGUUUUUAUUCAUCAUAAAAGACCAUGGCCGCUCCUUACAUUGCAAUAAAAAGCUUCUCUUUUGUGAGUGUUUACGUUGACAAA